GCGUCCUUCACUCUCCCUCCUGGCGGCCCCGCCGCAGUAUUGAAAUUCCGGCCAAAUACCUCCCCAGCAUCACCUGGUAAUCUCUUUCUCUCUCUCCUCCAUUGCAUGCUUACACUCUUAUGUUUUCUCUCGCUUGUGUUUCACUUUCAUAAUUGGCACCGUAAUCAAAAUUUCCCCUUUGAUUGAGUCUCUACCAGGAUUGUAAAUUCAAUAUUUUUUGCACGUGGAGUUUACUCUAACGUAAUUAAUCACAAAAACAGACAAGGGUUAUUGAAAAUGGUGAAAUUUAACUACUUUGUCCUUGUUGGACAUUCCUUUGUUCUCAGGAGAGUGUGAGAAGGCAAUAUUGAAAGAGAGAGAUUUUGCUUUAAGGGUUCCGGAGAAGUUAUAAAUAAAAUAUGGAAAUUGAGAGCAGUGUUGACAGGAUUAGUGACUUACCUGAUGGAGUUCUUUGUCACAUCCUUUCCUUUCUUCCAACAGAAGUUGCAGUUCUAACCUCUAUACUGUCAACAAGGUGGAGGUAUCUUUAUACUUUGGUUUCUAGUCUAUACUUUGAGACGGGAUUCUGGGAUGGUUAUGAUGAGGAGAUUGAUGCUGAGAAACCAAACCAGUUCAUGAAUUUCAUAGAUAGAGUUUUGUUCUUUCGUAACAGGCCUUCUAUAGUAACCUUCCGUCUUGCAUGCUAUCAAUAUGUUGAUCCUUUGCGUGUUGAUGCGUGGAUGCGUGCUUUAAUGUGGCAUAAUAUUCAAGAACUUGAUCUAUCCAACUAUGAUGAUGGGUUUCGGGGCCUGCCCCUGCCUGCUAGUUUAUUUUCUUGUGAGACACUGGUGGUUCUGAGAUUGAAAUUAAAUUUAUAUGAUCAUGAUUUGAAAGUCCCAACCAGAAUUUGUCUCCCAAAUCUUAAGUUGCUUGAAAUUUUCGAGAUUUCUAAUCCUUCACUGAGGAGACUGACCAUGAAACACUUGAGAGCUGCCUGCUUGGGCAAAACUUUUCAGAUAAUGAUUAAUGCCCCAAGUCUUAUAUACUUGAAUUACUGUUUCCAUGGAGAUCAUUCCCUGGCAUUUGUAGACAUGCAGUCUCUUGUUGAUGCUGUGUUUGAUUGUGAAACAAGAGAUGUUGGGGAUUAUCAACAUAUUAUAGCUGAUGUGUUCACGGGGAUAAAGAAUAUUCAAUCUCUUUUAAUGUCCAAUGACUUAGCUGGACAACACAAUGUGUCUAUUCCUUUGUUGGACAAAGUGACUUUAUUGAAAAUUUUGGAUUGGGACUUCUACUUUGAUUUUGACUGCCUGCAAUAUUUACUUGCUCACUUUGUUGUUCUAAAAUCCUUUGUUUUGACGGGCAGCAUAUCUAAAGGGCAUCCUACAAUCAACUGCUCAUUACAACAAUCUCCACCAACUUUUUUGUUGUUUCACCUCAAAGCAAUUGAAAUUUGGUCACACAGAAUGGAGGAGGUUGAAGCAUAUAUGAAAAUAGUUACUUUUCCGUGUUUGAAUUCUCUAAAGUCACAUCCCUUGUCUUGAUUUUUUUUUUUUUAAAGAAAAUAGACAAUAAAGAAUCUUUCAUGGAUUUAUAAAAAGAGUUCAUAACG